UCUUAUUUCCGAGUUCCGACAAAUUUAGUUAGUCUAUGGAACAAGAUGGCACUAAAAGCACUUGUCGGACAAAAGAUUAUGAACGAGGUGAUCCGCUAUCGUGGUCCCAAAGGCAAGGAAUCACAGCGCAUAGAAUGGCGUAUCCUCAUUGUGGAUCAGCUAUCUAUGCGCAUGGUAUCAGCAUGUUGCAAAAUGCAUGAUAUCUCCGCAGAAGGCAUAACCUUGGUUGAAGAUAUUCACAAGAAACGUGAGCCGCUCUACACCAUGGAUGGCAUUUACUUGAUCACACCCUGUGAGAAAUCUGUUCAUGCAUUGAUUAACGAUUUUUCUGUCGGUAACCGCAUAAUGUACAAAGCUGCUCAUGUCUUCUUCACUGAAGCUUGUCCUGAUGUUCUCUUUGAUGAAUUAUCACGUAGUCAAGUAGCUAAAUAUAUCAAAACAUUAAAGGAAAUCAACAUAGCUUUCAUACCAUACGAACAACAGGUAUUUUCGCUGGACUCGCCGGACACUUUCCAGUGCAUGUACAACCCUGCACUCACACAGACUCGCAACGCAAACAUGGAGCGAAUCGCUGAACAAAUUGCCACUCUUUGUGCUACGCUUGGAGAGUACCCGUCUGUUCGUUACCGCAGCGAUUGGGAGCGCAAUGUAGAACUAGCGCAACUCAUUCAGCAAAAACUCGACGCAUACAAGGCAGACGAGCCGACCAUGGGCGAAGGUCCCGAGAAAGCGCGCUCGCAGCUGCUGGUGUUAGAUCGUGGCUUUGACUGCGUGUCGCCACUAUUGCAUGAACUCACAUUGCAGGCCAUGGCCUAUGACCUACUCCCAAUCGAAAACGACGUCUAUAGAUAUGAUGCGUCACAGGGGCACAUGAAGGAGGUACUUUUGGAUGAAAAUGAUGAACUUUGGGUCGAGCUGCGACACCAGCACAUUGCGGUCGUAUCUACGUCUGUCACCAAGAAUCUCAAGAAGUUCACUGAAUCUAAACGUAUGGGAGGAGGUGACAAACAGUCGAUGCGUGACUUGUCACAAAUGAUCAAGAAAAUGCCGCAGUAUCAGAAAGAGUUGUCUAAGUACGCAACGCACCUGCGUCUCGCUGAAGACUGCAUGAAGUCUUACCAAGGCUACGUCGACAAACUCUGCAAAGUUGAACAGGAUCUGGCAAUGGGUACCGACGCUGAGGGCGAAAAGAUUAAGGACCAUAUGAGGAGCAUUGUACCUGUACUACUUGAUCAGACGAUCAAAAACUACGACAAGAUGCGUAUAAUCGCUCUAUACAUAAUGUCGAAGAACGGCAUAUCUGAGGAGAACCUCAAUAAGCUGGUGACGCACGCGCAGCUCGAGCCGUCAGACAAGCAGGCGCUACUCAACCUCGCCAACCUCGGCCUCAACGUCGUGGUCGAUGGUAAUAGAAAGAAGCAAUAUCAAGUACCACGAAAGGAGAGGAUCACUGAACAGACAUAUCAAAUGUCUCGUUGGACUCCAGUGAUCAAGGACAUCAUAGAAGAUUCGAUUGAAGACAAAUUGGAUCAACGCCAUUUCCCAUUCCUCGCAGGGCGCGCUCAGACUUCUGGAUAUCAAGCACCAACUAGUGUGCGUUAUGGCCAUUGGCAUAAAGAUAAGGCGCAACAGACUAUUAAAAAUGUUCCGCGAUUGAUCGUCUUCGUGGUUGGAGGUGUUUGCUUCUCCGAGAUACGCUGCGCUUACGAGGUGACGGCUGCACUUAAGAACUGGGAGGUGAUCAUGGGCUCAUCCCAUAUCCUCACACCGGAUAACUUCCUCUCGGAUCUCAGCUCUCUUACCGCUUAAACAGCAAUAUAGAGAGAAACCUUUUAGGUUUAGCUGUUUCAUUAAGGUAUUAGGAACUACCAAUGGGCAAAAAUGUUGUAUUUUAUUAAACAUCUAGAUUGGAUUUUAGUUUAAGUAGCAAUCCUUGUGGAAAACUAUGUUUAUCGACUCUAAAGUUUGUACAUUACAAUUAUUACAAAUGCUUUUAAUAGAUCAUCUAAUCAUAAAAUAAUAUGAUUGCGAGAACAGAAAGACAUUAAAUUUGCUUUAAGCAUAUUUAAAAAAUAAAAACUUGUUGAAAAGAAUUAUAUGGAAAAAACAAACAAAUUUUUGCUUUAAAAAUAUUUAAUUAUUUGUUUUAGUGUAAUUGUGAUAUUGUUUGCGAUGAAUUGUAAUAACAAUUCAAUGUUAUGUUUGUAGAUUUAAGUUACUAUUUUGAUCAAAAUAUUUAUAUUGUUGAUGUUUUACAAGUUUUAAUGUUAUUAUGUAAAUUCUCAUAAUAUGUUGACAUGAAAUUUCUUGUAACAGAUUAGUAUUGGUAUUCUUAAACAUAAUUAAUAUAUUAAAUAACAUUACAAGUAUUAUUUUUUUAUGAUUUUAAUAGCUACUAAUUGUAGUAAGAAACUCUAGUUCCAUAUAUAAUUAUGGCCUCUUUCAAUGUCUUAACAAUGUUUAUAAGCUGGCAAAAUAAAAUUUAGCUAUAAUACAUAUUUUAAUAAUAGUUCAAGGUCUUAAGAGAUUGCAAUUCGAAUUCUAAAACGCUCUUUCCAUUGUAGAAAUACAUAAACACUUAAAUAGUUUUGUCAGUGUGUGCAAACAAAAAAAAACAGUAUACCUUCUUACAUAU